UCUGAAUGCAAAACUAUCGAAUCCAGCAAUGAAACCUAUAAGACUGUGAACUUUGAUAAAUAUACGCUGGCACAUGGGCUGCAUAUUGAAACUAGUGAAAAAGCCGUCGAUAGUGUUUUAGUAAAACAGAAUGACUUCACGUCACUGUGUGUCGGGCAAACUUCGGUGUCAAAAUCACGUGAUGCACUGGCCCGUGCGCGCACCUCGCUUAAUGUGAAUUUGCCAGAGACUUUGCAAACCUCAACGACAACUCCGGAACAGCCCUCCAACGCCCACAUUCCCACGUUGCAAUCAUGGCUGUCGGCAAGAACAAGCGUCUUUCAAAGGGAAAGAAGGGUCUCAAGAAGAAGACCGACGUCUUCGCCAAGAAGGAUUGGUACAACGUCAAGGCCCCAGGAACUUUCCAGAUCCGAGACGUCGGCAAAACCCUCGUCAACCGUACCUCCGGUAUCAAGAACGCAAACGAUGCGCUGAAGGGCAGGAUAUUCGAGGUCUCGCUCGCUGAUCUCCAGAAGGACGAGGACCACGCUUUCCGCAAGGUCAAGCUACGAGUCGACGAAAUCCAGGGCAAGAACUGCUUGACCAACUUCCACGGUCUCGACUUCACCUCCGACAAGCUCCGUUCCCUCGUCCGCAAAUGGCAAUCCCUCAUUGAGGCCAACGUUGUCGUCAAGACCACCGACGACUACCUCCUCCGCCUCUUCGCCAUUGCCUUCACCAAGCGCCGACCCAACCAGAUCAAGAAGACCACCUACGCCGCUUCAUCGCAGAUCCGGGCGAUCCGCAAGAAGAUGGUUGAGAUCAUGUCGCGCGAGGCCAGCUCAUGCUCCCUCGCUCAGUUGACCCAGAAGCUCAUCCCCGAGGUUAUCGGUCGCGAAAUCGAGAAGGCCACCCAGGGCAUCUACCCUCUCCAGAACAUCCACGUGCGCAAGGUUAAGCUUCUCAAGGCACCCAAAUUCGACCUUGGUGCUCUCCUCGGUCUUCACGGAGAGUCAAGCCAGGAUGACUCUGGCCAGAAGGUUGAGCGUGAGUUCAAGGAGACGGUCCUCGAGAACGUGUAA